AUGCGGAAGGGGGCGGGCGGGAAGGGCGCGCGCUGCGUGCGCCUGCGCGGGGCGGGAUCGGCGCGUGAGGCUGAGCAGCACAUGGAGGAGCAGGUGAGCCUGGCAGAGCUGCCUGCAGCGUUGGACAACACACUCAUGGUUCCCAGGAGCGGGCUUCAGUGUGCAGCUCUCAUGUCCUACAGAUACAAACUGCAGUGCCUCAAGAUCCAGGUGAGGCAGGUCGCCAGGGAGAGGGACAAGGCGAGGCUGGACUUGGAGAAGGCGGAGCGACGCUGCCUGCAGCUUGGCAGAGAGUUGGACGAGCAGUAUGUUGCUCUUGAGCACACCCAGAGCAAGCUCAGGGAUUUUCAGGCAGAAAUAGAGGCAAAAGACCUGCUUUUGCAGCAAGCUGUCAGUCACCAAGCAAAGCUGGAGGCUGGUACACAGUUCCUCCAUGGCAAAGAGGCCAGCUGGCAAGGGAGACUGAGCCACACGAUGAAGGAGAACAUACAGCUGCAAAACAGAGUCACAGAGAUGGCUGAGAAACUGGCAGCCUCUGAGAAGCUGGUAUUGGAAUUGCAGAAAGAACUCAACUGUGUUGUGAAGGACAAGCUGGGCCAGGCGGAGUCCCACAGUCCAGAGCUCCUGAACCAGAGUGAGUGCUUCGCAGAGAUUGUCCUGGAGUACGAGCGGCAGUGCCAGAGAGUCAAGGUGCUGUGGGAGCAGAAUGGAUUGCUGCGAAGGGAGCUGGAAAGGCUGUAUCUCCAACUACAGGAGAGCUGGGCUGAGAGAGGGCUGCCAGCAGGAGAUCUGUCCUCUCAGGGCUCCUCUCUGCUAGCGGGCCACCAUCCCAGCCCUCUGGUUCCCACUUCUGCGUGCGCGGAGGCGUCACUCUCAAUGGAGCAGCUCCAAGAGCAGCUGCGGGACCUGAAGGUUCAGCUGGAAAUGAAGAUAAACUAUUAUGAGGAGGAAAUCGAGUUAAUGAGGAAAAACUUUGAGAGAGAGAGGAAGGACAGUGAGGAAAGCUUCAGGACCGAGAUACACAAGAUGGAAGACCAGAGAAGAGACCUGGAUGAAACACUUGAAAGAGCUGUGCUGGCUGCUGGAGGAGAACAGCCUGCUGAAAAGUCAACUUGGGAGACUUCAACAAGAGCUGAGGCUGGCAAAGGAGCAGGGCAGCGAACACGAUGGAGUGAGAAGAGCAAUGGCGAGGUCUCCCACCUGAACGUCAGGAUAUGUCAGCUGGGCCAUGAAGUUACUGAACACCAGGCUGGCCAUGGUGCUGGCCCUGACACUGUCCCACCGUGGAGCCAGAGGCUUGCAGAGGCUGAGCAGCUACAAGGAGCAGAGAUGGCCACAAGGCUGGAGCACCACCAGCAACACGCAGCAUGUUGGAUGGAGAUGGAGCUGCUUCAACAGCAGCUCAAGGCCUCGCAGGAGAAGCUUUUAGAAGCCAAAGCAAGCCUGAGCCUGGCCCAGACUCGGCACGCUCUGCAGUUGCAGCAGGCCAAGGCCCAGAUGAACAACAUGGUACCAAAGAAACACUUUGAGGAGCUGCAAACCAGCUUGAGAGCAGAGCAAUGCAAGGCUCAGCAGCUCCAGGAAAACCUCCACCGACAGGCUGAGCAGACAUGCAGGCAGCUGGUCAGGACUCAGGAAGAACAUGAGCGUCUGCUGCAGGCAGCUAUGGAGCAGGCAGAGGGGCUGGAGCACAACCUCAGGAGUACUGAAGCUGUGCUGGCAGAGAGGGCAGCUCAGCUCAAAGAUGCUCAGGCCCAACUCUCCAGGAACAAAAUGCUGAUCGAAGACCUCCGUGAGGAGAACAGGGGGGUUGCAAUGGCCCUGCAGGCAGCUGAGCUGAAGCAGAAGAGCACUGAGGAGAAGAACCAGCUGUUGGAGGAGCAAGCCUCAGCUCUGAAACAGCUCAUUGGAAAAAUCACACCAGCAUCUCUGAGUGGGUGACGGGGCACCCGCUGUGCAGCCCUGCCCCUGGUCCUGGCCAGGGUUUGUCAGGUUCUCUUGUGCUCUAGGAGACUCUGGCCUUCUUAAAGUCUGAGCCUAAGAUCAAAACCAACCUGAUGCCAUAUUGUUGCCUCUGCGGUGAGCAGGACAGAGGGGCUGAGGGAAAAGCCUUCAGUCUGAACCUCCAAGGCUUGGGGCAGGGCUGAUGACCCCUCAUCAGUAGCACUGCCCUUCUUCAAAGGACACCAGGAAACACGGAUGGUGGUACCAUCAUCGAUCUCAAACUCUCCAUAGUCUCUUAAACACCGCACCUGCAAAGCAGAAAUGCAGCUCUCGGAUCAUCAGAUCUCCCACAGAAAGCACCAGACACCACUGCUGACUUACAACACAUGCCCCAGAACUGUAAUUACGGACACAUUCCUAUCUGCCUGCUGGAGCCUUAACAUAGAGCAGAUCUGGAAAUGCACAACUGGACUGAUCCCAUGACCUGUGGACUCUACCUGACGUUCUCUUCCUGCCUCUGGCUGGAGCAAGAAGCACCAGUGAGCCCAGCCCCCCACAGAGACUAGAGGAAGAGCAGCACAAGAGACAGGAUGCGAGAAGCAGCAGCAGCAUUUCCAGGAGAACUUCUCCACACACAUACCAGAAAAUGCUGAUCUGUUAACUGUGAAACUGUCUUAAGGAGCAGAUUGAACUACAUGUUCUUUCGAAGAGAACAUCAGAACAGAGCACUUCAGCUACUGACUUUGAUUUUUCAAAUGCUCUUGCUUUGUUCUAUCAAUUGUAUAAAACGGUUUAUAGUCUCAUGU